AUGGUGAAAACGCUUGACCUCAUAGAUGAGCAUAUGUCCAGCAGCUGCUACAUGGGCUUGGUGGGUGACUGCGGCUUGCCGCUCGAAGUUGACAGCGUCAUCCGUGCAACUGCUGUGAAGCAGAAGAUUGCCCAAGAGAAGAUCAAUGUGAUCGGGUGGGUCGACCUCACCAAAGUGGGGGUGCUGACCCAAAAGGACGUGAACAAGUUUGCGUCAUGGAGCGAGAAGUUGUUGGCCAAAAAUCCAAUUGGUAGCUGCGUCGUUUUGGCAUGGCCUUUGCUAGCUUCUGCUGCUGGUUGUGGAGCUUUGCGUGCCGACAUCCGGAAGCUUGAAGACAAGCUAGUUCAACACCGGAUCGAGUUGCGACCCUUCUUUCUUCCUGUCGACGUGAGCAACCUGAAUGGUAACAGGGAGAUGCCUGCUGGCUAUCAAUGGAACAUUUGUGUGCUGGAUUCGACAUUGCCCGCAAAGGGCACGGCUCAUCGCGCUAGCAGGGGAGCUGAGAAGGUUGACAAGUCCGACAUCAACCGAUUCUGUUCUAGCAAGCUGUGGUCGGCGCAGAUCUGUGGAACUGCCCAAGCUAUCAGUGAGCAGGAUUUCAUCGUUCCAGGUGUCCUUACCUCAGCGAUUUCUAGCGCAGAGGGCCGCCGAAACUACACCGAUGUCCAAGAGACUGCCCAGUGGCUCGGCGGAACAGACGUUCCAAGCAAGAUUUUGGAAGACCUCUUCCUGAAAGGUGUCGGAUGCAAUGAGACGGUGGUUGUGAACGCCAUCCUGUACGACACAGCACUGGAGAAGGCCUGCCUGGACAAGAAGAUUCCCACUUGCUCCCAGUCAGACAAGCAGCAAGUGUUCACUUCCGCCACGAAGCUGAUGAAGCAACAUUUGCUUCAGUUGUGGAAGCAGCACGAUGGCCCAUUUGUUGAGAAGACCCCCAAGUACAAGCCUGAGGUUGGAGAAGAUGAGAUCCCUCGCACACCUGAAGGGCCAGCGUUCAGCUCGUGCCGGCUUGUUGACGGGGUUUUAGUCCUGCCACGGGAUUGCCGUCAAGAAUGGAUGACGGAUGCAGUCAGGGCACCAGAGUGGCGCAAGAUCGUGCAGGAGUUUGACCGCCACUUCUCAACGCCAGCAGCUGCGAAAGCUCCUCCGCAAGCGCGAUCAGGGCCAGCUUCAACGCCAGCACUGGACUGGCAGCAACUUUUUGGACCGUCGUUGGAUGCAAGCGCUUUCCAGCAGGAGUACGCGGGCAAAAUCAAAGGGAAAUUUGCGUGGUGUCCAGAACUCACUGCGUACUUGGUUGAGCCUACUCCCCAAGCCGAUGACGAUGAUGGCAUGCCUCUGUACCAGCUAUUUUUGGAAGCAAGCCAGGAUUACAGCCUUGCAACCACCGACGCGUUCUUGACAUAUGGUGCGGGUGCCUGGCUGACCGAUAGCAAAGCUGAUCAGUUUCUGGAGAAUGCCCCUGUCAAUCAUCGUGGUGUUCUCUGUGAAUUUCGAUCUGAUGAUGUCCGUGUGGUGCUCGAGGAGAAUGGGCAAGAUGGCGAGGUCCAAAGUCUCAAAGAGGUUAUCCAACAUUGCGAACGCAAUGGAAUGGUGGAUUUUGAACUGGCUGGGCAUUCUUACUCGCGGCCUGCUGCUGUAAUGCAGGGCCAGUCCACUGAUGUGCUGGAAGUGCAGCCGAAGGCUCAAAAGCUGAUCUGGCGUCCCAACCAGGUUCAGUUCAACCAUUUGCGAGCGUCCAACGUUGCCUCCUUUUUUGCAGUUGACCAAAUGAAGAUCGGAAUGACGCAGGCCCAGGUCUGGAGGAUGAGGCAAUACCGUUCUGAGAACACCCUUGGAGCUGCUAAGCCUAUGUGGUUUCUUGCAGCGCCCUUGAACUUGAAGAAGGGCACAGUUCAAAGGACUGUGUGA